AUGGAACCUGUGGAAGCUUAUCAAAAUAGAAAAGAGAGUCAAACUUUUGAGGAACUUUCUCUGUUAGAAGGUGAUGAUCAUGCUAUCGGCAUGGAAGGACUUAUAAUCAGAGAGAGAAUCCUUGGGCCUGACAAUCCAGCAAUUCUUUACGACAUCAGAUACCGGGCAGCUGUUUUACGUGACUCUGAGGAGUACGAGCUUUGUUUUGGUUUGUGGCAACGAUGCAUGGAGAAAGCCAUGAACCGUGAUUUUCCGAUAAUAGAAGAUCUUGAACGCUUCCCGGCUUUAUUCGGAGAAAUGUUACAAAAAGGUAAAAUUUUAAGACCAAAUUUCAUCGAAGACGUGUUUGAAAUACUGGUUGCUGCAAGUGAGAAACAAACAGAAAAAGGUAUGUCUAAAAAUUUACAAGAGGGGCAGGAAAACGAGGAGCAGGAAAAAACGCUUUACUGUGCUCUCUAUCUUUUGGUAAUAUACAUCAAAGUUAGAGGUCAAAACGCCAACAUGACUUACUUUCUACAAAGAUUCUUGCGUUUAAACCCUCUAACCAAGGAAGAGAAUACUAUACUGCACUUAGUUGCGUGGCAUGAAACUCCAAUUCAAGGAGACAGAGUGCGAGGAGUGUGCAAGCUUCCCUGUGUUGAGACUAUGAAGCUUAUUUUAUAUGCAGGGUGUGAUGUAAAUGCAGAAAACAACGAGGGAAACACUCCUCUCCAUCUAGCAGUAAAGUAUAAGCCAGAGCCGGAGGAAGUCGAGAUUUUGAGAGAAACGUUGCUGUUGUUGUUAGAUAUCGGUGCAGACCCAGAGGUAGAAGACAUAAAUGGUCAAACACCACUGGACAGCUGUGAAACUGACGAGGCUCGUAAGAUCCUGUCCGAGAAAAGAGGACUGAGUGUCAUGAACGUCGACGUCGGAGAUGUAAGAAAGUUUGAAUGUUUACCUAUUACAAUUUUCUAGAAUAAUUUCUGUCACCUCACCCGGUGUUGUGUUUAUUAUAUUACGUCACGCUAUUGUAUGUCCGUCUCUAUCUGAACUCCUGGAACAGGUUUACAAAGGCGUCUCUUUUCGAAUGAAACACUGAUUUAUCGCAAGCGGCUGUUAUAGCCAAAAACGGUUGUUUGAAAGCGACAUGAACAGAAGGCUGUCAGAGGAAGCUACGGUGCAAGCAAGCGUCAAUUGUUAGUUACUGACAUAAGAACUGUUAUGAACCGUUCGAUUUAUGUUUGCAUAAAAGAAUUCAAAGUAUCUCAAAUAGAAAGUUCGAAGGGCAAAUUAAACCGAGAGGCGUAAGGAUAAUACUAUCAAUUGUUGACGAUCUUUCGAAGUAACAGGUAAAACAGGAAGAGCACCUAUAUAUACAUUUUUGUGAAUCUCUUUCGCCGUAGGACCGUUCAGGGACAGCAUUUGUUCUCAGUCAAUAAUUUGUCAGCAUGUGUUCAAAACGACGUGUUUCCUUGUAAUACGACUAGUUAGGAAAAUAAACCCGAAUACGGCCUAAAAGCUGAUGGAAUUUUUCCGUCACAUGAAACUUACUCUCUAUCGUGUUUAGUUAGCACUUCUUAUACCUUGAAAAUUUUUUUAAAAAAGCUUGAAACCUCAUCAGUCAUAGUAUUUAAAAAAUUAUAUCUAUUUAAGAGCUGCAAUUGCCAGGUGAAAGAGAGGGGGAAAGAGCAUUUCACCACUUCUUAAUUUUUUCCCUCGCCGUCUCCUCGCGAUGUUUUGCCUCCUUCCAGCGAAUAAAGCGCCAGUUUUCAGGCAACAUACGUGGCUUUCUCGUUACGGAUCCAUGAUAGAUCGUGGUUUUGAAUACAAAAACGUUAAGAUGGUUUGGGGUAUCGUACUAAUUAGCUUUGGUAACUUCUAAGUGGAUAUGUCUUUUUGAUUUUCACAAAGGCUGGAAAAAUGGGAAGUGGAACUGGUAAGAGAAGAGGAGAAAGAUUUGUUCCUGGAACAGAAAAUGACCUAAAUGAAAACAUCUCGAAAAAGACUGAAACAAAGGAAAUAUCAGGUAAGAGAAUCUAACGAAGGGAACAAUUUGUUGAGGCGAAUAAUUGUACCCUGGAUCAUUGAACUUUACUGAUGUGCCGUUAGGUGCCAUUUGAUGUGAUAAAAGAGACGGAAUUUAAAUUGAGGGAUUGGAUGCUAAUGACCCGAUGUGGCGACCCUCCUUAUCGUUCAAGGGGGGUAAAGAAUAAAUAGAUAAUGUAUUUGGACUAUUAUCAGAGUUAGAAGUAAUAUGUAUGAACAAAAAAAAUUAAACAAAAACACCGAUCAAAAGAGAUUUAAUUUGUAUUGGUAAUUUAAAGAAAUAUAUUAAAAUAAGGCAAGCCCAUGUGUGUAACCAAGAGAACAACAAGGGAGGAGACUGAAUACCCUAUAUGGAAGUAAAAAUUUAAACAUUCAAGCAACACACGAGGUACAUUAUUAUCUUAAGAUCAGAUACCUUAGGUCUAAAAUUAAGAUAAAUUAAUUUAUAUUGAAAGAAAUUCUCCCUAGAAUGAGGCAACUAUAGAAGAUUCAGUCUGUCUAUCCUCUCCAGAUAUUACACUAAGCGUGAGACCAAAGAAAAUUGUCUCUUUUAAGUGUGAGACAAAAAGCCGAAAAUGGCGUACCUCUAUCUUUAUUUCUUUAAGGACAAAUGAGGGAGCUGAGACGGCAGUUGGAAAAUGUCCAAGAGCAACUAAGACAGAGAGACGGACAACUGAGGGAAGCGACACAACAACUGACAAAUGUUCAAGGGCAACUACAAGAGAGAGAUGGAGAAUUAAGGCAGAUGACACAACAGUUUACAAAUGUUCAAGGGCAACUACAGGAGAGAGAUGGACAAAUGAGGCAGAUGACACAACAGUUUACAAAGGUUCAAGGGCAACUGGGAGAGUUGACUCAACAGUUGACAGAUUCUCAAAGACAGCUGCAAGAAAAAGAUGAAGAAAAUACCACCAUGGGGGAACAACUGAGGGAAAAAGAACAGGAAGUGAAUGAACUGGAAAUAUCUCUUUCGACAGCUCAACAAGCGUUAAGUGAACGUCCGCGCCAACAGUCACCUGACUGGGUCAUUUCACGUGAUCAAAUUCAGCUGACAGAGAAAUGCAUUGGUAAAGGAGGCUGGGGAAGUGUUGUCGAAGGCAAGUAUUGUGGCUGCACUGUUGCCGUGAAACAAAUUUACGAGGUGCUUCUGAACCUCUCCUCUCAUAACAGAGAAAUGUUUGAGCGGGAAAUGAGCAUUGCUUCAAAAUGCCGCCAUCCUUGUUUGCUGCAAUUCAUCGGAGCAACAAACGAUGAAGGAAGUCCUUUGUUCGUGACAGAGCUCAUGGAAACGAGUUUGCGAAAAUUGCUGGAGCAGCGAUCACUUUCUACAGCUGAAGUGGCCGUUAUUUCUCUUGAUGUGGCUCGUGCAUUGAAUUACCUGCACCAAAAGAAACCACGCCCCAUCAUCCACCGCGAUAUCAGCAGCGCCAAUGUGUUGCUAUGGCGACAAGCGGACCACUGGCGAGGCAAAGUGUCGGAUUAUGGUGCUGCUAACGUCAUGCAACAUACCUUGUCAGUUUGUCCAGGUGCUGCGGUAUACAGUGCUCCUGAAGCACUUACUAAAAAUCAGACUGUGAAGGUAUGUCGUCUGCUAAACUUAAUCUUUAAACAAGACGCCUAUUCACAGGCUAAUGUAGAAUAUUAAAUCCCUGCGAGAUACCGAAGGAGAAAGACCCAACGGCUAAUAUAAUGCAUUUUAUGGCUGUGAAAAAGUAGAGAAAAGUGCUGAGUAAGCCCCCCCCCCCUCCCCCGGUAGACAGUCUAGACCAAUAGUUAGACCGAAGAUGUGAGUAGUUAGGUAAACAGAGAAAGAUUUUAGUGGUCGAGUUCCGUCGUCGAGUGCUGGGUGGAAUAGAGAAUGGUUUAUAAAAGAUUCAUUUGCGGUUUUACAACAGUCUGAGUCCUCUUUAGGAAUAAGACCUACGUCCUAGGAUUACUAACUUUGAAAGUGUUUUGUGUGUACAAGGAGUCAAAUGAUACAGUACAAGGUGAUAAGUAGCCUGAGUAUCAGGCGUUUCUGGGGAAAAGGGGAAAAAUGGAAGCGAAAAAGGGAGAGAGGUUAAAAUCUCCUUUCCCCUAGCCCCGUAGGAAGGCCUGAUACUCAGGCUAGGUGAUAAGUGGGUGUUACGAAAGCUAAGACCCUCGAAAACUAAGAUGUAAGACCUAAGACCCCCUAAAAUCGAAUCUAAGACCCCUCUUAGUUUUCGUUAUUAAGGAAACUAAGACCUCCCCAAAAAACGAUCCGUAAAAUAUAUAUGAAGUCGAAUUACGACUGUUCAAAGACUAUAAACCGUAAAUAACCAAAAACUAUCAUCCGCGUUCUGAGGAUCCGCUUCUUCUAAUAAUUUGCAGCCAUGUCAGUAUUGAGGCUUUAAAAAGAGGAUGAAAGCCAUACACAACCUGUGUAUAAUUGUACUCUGAAAAUAUGCCUUACCCCGCCGAUUGGUCUAUAAUUUUGGUUAUUUAAAUUUUAAUUUAGCCAGGGUAGCUGACCUUCCGCUUCCUCCAAUAAUUUGCAGACAUAUCAGUAUUCUUGUUACCGCUGUUAUCUCCGGGAUGGCAACGAUUAAAAUAAAGUCAUGAAAAACGCAAUGUAGCAUAUACUCUUUUUUUUUUCGCCCUUGUUAAGAAAGCAUUUUUUUGGCUAUAGCCUGGCAGGCCAGAAAAAGAAAAAAUCCGUAUUUUUGUGUGAUGUUUGACCGAUACGCCGUAAUGACCAUGCAUUAGUGUCGCAGCGACAUGUCAGCCGGAAACGAAGACAAAAAUCCAUCUCCAGUGGAAAGCCAAUUUUUCUGCAAUUUUGAGAAGAAGCGGGUCCUGAUGAUACUUUUUGGUUGUUUUACGGGAUAUAGUCUUUGAACGGUCGUAAUUCGACUUCAUUCUCUAUUUUCGAAUUCCCCAUAAUACACUCUGUUUGCCCCCCAAAUUUUGCAUAAACCAUUGUUUUUAAAUGCUCCUGGGAGUAUUGCAUUUUCCCAAGAGCAUUUUAAGGCAAUAAGUUAUGCAAAAUUUGGGGGGCAAACAGAGUGUAUUAUGAGGGUCUCAAUGGGGUUAAUCGAUAGGCGUAAAACGGCCAAAAAUUUAGUCGAUAGCCAUAAAAAUUGAAAAAUUUUAACCGUUAGCCGUAAAUAGAGUAAAAAAGAGUUAACCGUAAAAGAAACUGUUCCCUAGAUUUGUUACUUUCAAGGGAGGUACUAAACUCAUUUAUGGUUGCGUUUUUUAUUUCCCUGCUAGUGUGACUCCGCACGCACGUUAAGCGAAGCGCCUUUUAGGUGUUGACCAAGACCUAGGCUCCAUUUCCCCCACUCUCUCGGGGAACUAAUGUUUUCCAUAGCGAAAGUGUGGCUUCUUGCUAGGGAUUAAUAUUUGUGAUUUGCUGGAGGUCGUGCCUUCGAAACACUAAUGAGACAACACGCAGAGAUGUCACUGUUUGUAAAACACGUUGCCGAUAAACAGCAUUUCCCUGUUUUUCUCUGACGCUACGGUAGACAUUGCCAGGCCUAGUCCCUGUACGGCGUCUUCCCACGCAAUCUCGGUCAAGGCAUUUCGGUGGCGAACUCGCUCAGACCACGUGACCCGACACGCAUUAGCCGCGCGGAAUAAUGAGGCCUACGGACAAGGCAACGGCAGACAGUCAUUCUGUACAGUCCUUCGCUAUCAUUAAAAGCACUGAACAUGGGAAUUUUGUUAUUGGCCGUUUUCACGCUAGAGCUAGAAAUGGAUUAUCCGUCUGAGACUAGUCUGUGUAGAGUCACGCCCUCCCCACAGACACCCCUUCUCCAAUUUUUUCUGAGGGGAGGGGGUGGCUGUACACAGGCUAUCUGGAACGGAUAAUCCCGUCUUCAAACUGUCCGUCGAAAUUGACGGAUAAAGUCAGACGGAUUGUUCAUUCAAAAUUAAAACUAUUCCAUUUUCAAAUUAAGAAGUAUUACCUAUCUGACGCGAAUUAUCAAACGGAUGACCCGUCUCACACGAAUAAUCCGUCUCUAGUGUGAAAACGGCCAUUUCUGUUACAAUGAAUGUCGCGCCCCGGCCUUGAGUUGGGCGUUUGCGUGUCCGCUUUUGCUUUUUCACAAAGAUUAUUUUUAAAUUGACUAUUGACAUUUCUAUGUGUAAAAUAAUAUUAGAAGUGAAAUACUUUAUAAAAAGUAUGAUCUAUCAAAUGUCAAAAUUUUUCAAAAUUUUCCCCGAGAUGAUCCGAAGACUUUUAUUUUGAUUUAAAGAUACAAAAAAUAUAGGUUAAUUAAUAUUUAACUUUUGAAACAAAAGAAGUUAAUUUUUAACUUUUUGUUAACCGUAACUGAAAAAAAUUAACCGAUAGCCGUAAAAGAGCCCAAAUUUUAGCCGAUAACCGUAAAAGCCACCACCCCAUUGAGACCCUCUAUUAUGGGGAAUUCGAAAAUAGUCAAUAUAUAUUUUACAGAUUGAUUUUUUGGGGGUCUUAGUUUUCGUAAUAACGAAAUUAAGAGGGGUCUUAGUUUUCGUAAUAACGAAAUUAAGAGGGGUCUUAGUUUUCGAAAUUACGAAAACUAAGACCCCUAAAUUUGCCAAGAUUUGACCUAAAUCUCGGUGGAAAGGAUCGGCCAAAAGAUAAUUUGACAGAUUAUACCUAUUUUGCUUACAAUUUGACUUUAUAUUUCGACGGAUUCGAUUUUAGGGGUCUUAGUUCUACGUAAUCUCGAAAACUAAGACGGGCCUUCGGUCUUAGUCUUAGUUUUCGUAACACUCGUGAUAAGUAUUGAUGUGGAACUAUGAUGUUGUUAUCUAAAUGUAUAUAUAUUUAUAAUUGUUAUCGUCUAUUUUUCGUCUUUAGAUUGAUGUGUACAGUUUUGGCGUUCUCAUCUGCGAGAUUUGUUUCGGGAAACUACCAAAUCCUGACAGGCGUGCCGAGCAAGUCGCCAUGGUGAAAAACAAAGUGCUAAGAGCUCUUAUUCGUAGAUGUUUACAAGACAAUCCUCAAGACAGACCUAGUAUGGAAGACGUUAUUGGUGAACUAGAAAAACUAGUUUAA